CUUGCCCGUCUUAACGAUACACAUUGUUUACAUGGCAACGGCCUGGAUGUAUGCGGCAGGCGAUGAUGCUCCGUUUAGCCUGCUGGCGAACUAGAUGAAAUUAAGGGAACGUUUUAAGUAUAAAUUAUAAGUGCUUUCAUCUAUGCUAGUGCGUACGUUUGCUGCGUGGUUGCCUGAAACACGGUUAUCGACAUGCUAGCUAACUAAUAUGGUCUGCGGUUUAUAGGAUAGACUCUGCAUUACAAUUUAACAUUUAAGGAUGUCGUCGUAUAUCACACCGUCCCACUGUUUGCAAAAAUCGCAGCAGACCGAGGAUGAGCGAUUCUACACGAGAUGCAGGGCCGCGUACGUGGCGGUGUUUAAGUCCAGUCUAGCAAACAUACAAAGCAAGGAGCAACUGUGCAUAGUUUUGCAACAGGCCGGGCUGAAUCCGUCUCUGAAAACUCUGGGUGCGUACUGGACCCCGGGUACAGUCAAACUUAACUUUGACGACUUCUGCGAAAUACUUAAAAAAGAGAAACAAAUUGACCAAACUGAGGUGCUGAAGGCUUUCAGAAAGAUGGAUCCAGAUGGUAGCGGAUAUAUUUCACACGGCGAUCUCUACAGAGUCCUCACUUCAACCGGAGAAAAGAUGAGUCCAGAGGAAGUAAACAGCAUCUUUUCCAUAAUGGAAAUUAACCGGGAUGGAAAGCUGGACUACAACGAGUUCUGCAGGCUCUUGGUGUUCGUCACCGAGGAGUGUCAGACCACGGACCUUCAGAGACUGGAAGCCGAUGGCAGACAGAAGAGGCAGAAUUUCGGCAAUGAUUCAGAGAGCUCUCCCCAGAGGCCUGCCACACAGUCCGGCCCUGUGGCUUCAGAGAGCUCUCCCCAGAGGCCUGCCACACAGCCCGGCCCUGUGGCUUCAGAGAGCUCUCCCCAGAGGCCUGCCAUACAGCCCGGCCCUGUGAUUUCAGAGACCUCUCUCCAGAGGCCUGCCACACAGCCUGUUCCUGUGGCUUCAGAGAGCUCUCUCCAGAGGCCUGCCACACAGCCUGGCCCUGUGGCUUCAGAGAGCUCUCUCCAGAGGCCUGCCACACAGCCUGGCCCUGUGGCUUCAGAGAGCUCUCUCCAGAGGCCUGCCACACAGCCUGGCCCUGUGGCUUCAGAGAGCUCUCUCCAGAGGCCUGCCACACAGCCUGGCCCUGUGGCUUCAGAGAGCUCUCUCCAGAGGCCUGCCACACAGCCUGGCCCUGUGGCUUCAGAGAGCUCUCUCCAGAGGCCUUCCACACAGCCCGGCCCCGCGGCUUCAGAGAGCACCCUGAAAACAGAGCUGGACACCACUCCGAGGAAAGAAAACAGGUCCCCCGCUUGGCCCUCCUCCGCCCGCAGCCGGAGAUCAUCCACGUCAGGAGCCGGUGGGACGAGAAGCAGCAAACUGCUGGAGCCCCGCUCGCUGCAGGACUGGCAUCACAUCAGUUUGAAAGGUUGCUUCCACCUGGAGGACAAUGGAGAGAUUGUGUCCCUGCAAUACCGUCUGCACCUUGCCCAGCCGACGGCCGUCUUCCUCACCGUACAGCCAAUGAACCUCUGUCCGGUGGACGACAAACCCUCAUCUUGGAUGAACGUCGACACUGCGCUGUUCCUUGUGAACGAAGGCUUUAACGUCGUCUGUUGUACGGAGUUGCACGAUAAAGAGAAAUUUGGCUGGAAGGGAGAGCUGAACGCCGGCACGUACUAUAUAAUACCGUUUACCACGGGUUGCAGACUGAGAAAGAGCAGGCAGCCAGUGACAAAGGCUGCCCAACUGGUAUAUCGCACCGAAACCGGGGAGCUGGCUCUCACUAAGGAGUUCAGAGCUGCCCUCUCAGACAUAUUUGAGGUCAUCGACCUGGAUGGCAACGGGCUGCUCAGCUUGGAGGAAUACAAUUUCUUUGAGCAGAGGAGCAGCGGCGAGAAAUGCGACGGGGAUGCUUGGGCCGUCUGCAAAGAGAACUUUGACACCAGGAAGAACCAGCUGACACGCCAGGGCUUCAUGGAGCUCAGCUUGAUGGAGGCGAACGACCGCGAGGGCGACCCCAGUGACUUAUGGGUAACCCUGGAGUCCAUGGGCUAUAACAGAGCUUUGGAGAUGGUGGAGGCGUGUCCUUUCGUGGUCAAUGUGUACGCUGAGGCCUCCAAGCCCACCAUGCAGCCCGUCAGCCUGGAGUCGCCCGGCAGGGCGCUGCACGCCGCAGUGUGCGAGUCUGUCAUCGCUAAAGGGCAGGCCAGGCCGCUGAAGAGCCACAGUGACGUGCUCGUCCACACCUACAGGAGCGAAGCCAGGAUCUCCUCCGUCAUCGACAACAAGUCUGCAGAGAAGGUGACCGUCUACGUAAACAACGAGCAGAGUAAGAACUGCUGUGGCAGCAGGGGCUUAAGCAUGUUUGCUGUGGAAGUCCCCCCCAGAAGCAAAGUGGUCUGUCAGCACAUUGUUCCUGUCAAUGAGAAGCAGGAGUGGAUCUACAGCUGUGUGGAAAGCAUCUUAACCUGAGCUGCAGACUCUCACCGUCCAUGUGGGACGACGAGCUGCCAUUAAUGAGGCAGUAGCAAUACCUUCCCAAAGGCCCUGGGACACACUGGCAUCUAGUGUAGGCCAGGCCCACAACCAUGCCCUGGAGUGGUGGGUGUGAAACGGAGGAAAGGGAUGAGUAGCUAGCAGUUUGUUUCUGUGUGUGUGUGUGUGUGUGUGUGUGUGUGUGUGUGUGUGUGUGUGUGUGGGGGGGGGGGGGGAUUAGGUUUAUAUUACAUUGUGGAGACCAUUUUUCAUCUCUCCAUCUGUUUCAGUCAUUUAUCUUGUCUACAUUUUGACUUAUUUAGCAGACACUUCCAGCCAAAGUGACACAGUUAAGAAGGUAGAGUUGGACAGAAAUGGGGGAGGUGGGGGGCUGUGGUUAUGGGCCUUGCAGGUGAAAUCACUGCCAACGGUGAGACGUUAACCUGUGACUUUCUGACUACAGGAAGUGUCCCACCCCACUGAGUAACACACUGUCCCCUGGGUAACAGCUCACUAACAAAAUAUAAAAUAUUACCUGUAUAAAAUAUCUGUAAGCAUAAACAUUGUGUUUUAUUUCUACUGCAAAGGACUAGUUUAUGGAUCCAUAAAAAAAUCAAUAAACUACCACAGUCACUUUA